ACAAAACACUGGCCAAACGUUAGAGAUGGUUCUCUCUGAUGAACUGGGGAAAAAAAUCCAUGCAACCGUGAAAAAGGAUUUGGUACCCAAAUAUGUCAACAGGCUACAUGUUGACGAGUGGAUGUUCAUUGAGAAUUUUAGUCUCAGCUACGCAACCGGUCAAUUCAGACCAACCAGCCAUCUUUACAAGAUGGCAUUCAUCACCGGAACUGUGGUAAUGCCUUGUGAUCCGAAAUCUGAAUCUUAUUUUCUGUCUUUGGCAAAGUACCAAAAAAUUCAGAGUGGAGAGCUCAAUCCACAUAUGUUGGUUGAUGUUGUUGGCCAAAUAGUUACUAUUGGAGAGCUAGAGAAUCUCGAAGCAAACAACAAACCAACAACCAAAAUCGAUUUCGAGCUAAGAGACGACACGGAUGAGAGGCUUGCAUGUACUCUGUGGGGAACUUUGGCGGAGCAGGUUCAUAGUGCAUGCGAAGAAUCUGAUGGCUCAAAUGUGGUUGUUGUGCUACGCUUUGUGAAGAUAAAAGCUUACAAAGUAUUUGUCAAUCCUACUUUCCCUGAAGUCGAUUUGUUCAGAAAUUCUCUACCCCCGGAUGGUUUAGUGUUGGUUUUCCGUGAAAGGCGUCCAAGAUUGGAGUUGGUAAGGGUUAACAAUGACGCUCACCAAGAACUUCCAAGGAGAACUAUUGAGGAAAUCAAGAAUUCCCUAGAGGUUGGAAGGGUCAGGCUGCUAUGUACAAUUUACGGGAUUGAUACAGACUGGGCAUGGUACUACAUUAGCUGUAGAUCCUGCAAUAAAAAAGUUAACCACAUCCACUCUGGUGUGCAUGGUGUGAACAACAAAGGUGUCAAACCAAGGUUCUGGUGUGACACAUGUAAAAGUGUUGUCACAAAUGUGGUAGCCAGGUUUAUGCUUUAUGCUAAUGUCAUGGACACUACCGGCGAGGCCAAAUUGUUACUUUUUGACUCUAUUUGCACCGAGAUCAUAGGACAGUCCGCUCAUGCAGUACUUGAUGGUUCUGUUGAUGAGAUUGAGGAUCCAGAAAAUUUACCAGAGCCUCUCACAAAUCUCAUUGGGAAAACUUUCCUUUUCCUCUUAUGUGUUGAGAAAGAGAAUAUAUGGGAUGGGAAAGAAAUCUACAAGGUUUCUAAAGCCUUAUUGAAGCAUGGCCUUCUUGAAGAAGAAUUGUUGGAGUAUUCUACAGAAAUGAGCAAUGCAGCUUCUAUUGAAUCUGGUGAAAAGGGUAUUCUAAUGCUGGAAAAUAUUCAGGAUACACCAGACUCAAUUACUCCUUCUUCCAAACGUGUUUAUGGUUCUAAGGAUGGGCCAGCGGACCAAACAUCUACUUCCAAGAAGUUGUGUGUUCAACCAAUCGACUUGGAUAAAGUGAAUCCUGAA